AACAAAACAGAAUCUUAUCAACAAGCAUUUUUUUGAGUAUCAUACAUACAUAUCAUCAUCAUUUUGAAAAUACUAAAAUUAAAGAACUUCACUCUCUUCCAACAAAUCAAAUCUUCUCCAUUUGAAAAUGGAAGGUUAUGAUGCAGUGAUAUCAGGAGACAAACUGAUUCUGAAGGGAUUGAUUUUCUAUGGUUUUCAUGGAGCAAGACCCGAAGAAAGGACGCUGGGGCAGAAGUUUUUUGUAGAUGUUGAUGCUUGGAUGGAUCUCAAACCAGCUGGAAAAUCUGAUAACUUGUCUCAUACUUUUAAUUACGUUGAAAUAUAUCGUAUAGCUAAGGAAGUUGUGGAAGGAACACCUCAAAACCUUCUGGAGUCGAUGGCCCAAAAAAUUGCAAUCUCUACUUUGACAAUUUGCAAAGAGAUAUCUGCAGUUCGUGUGAAGGUUGGAAAGCCUCAUGUGCCGAUUCUAGGUCCGGUUGAUUACUUAGGCGUUGAGAUUCUGAGACGCAGAAGUGAUUUGACAGACUAAAACUUUCGUAUUUACUAAUGCAAGUUUUUUACGUCUUCCAAUUCUGUCUGUUUUAUGUAAUAACAUUACUCUUCCCUCCCUGAGCACACCAUCUUUAUUUCCUCUUUAUCUCUUA